ACUUGCGCGUCGGUGGGACUCCGACCUAACCUGCCACCUCUGAAGCGUCCUCGACAGCUCUCGAAAUCCCAGCGAGCCCGAAAUUAUUAAAAAACCUCGAAUAAUACGGGAGCUUUAAUCGAAUCACGAUUUUUAAAUCUCCAUCCAAAACAAACGAAUACGGCAGAUGUCCUAAGCAUUAUCUCCUCGCGAGCGGCACUUUCGCGCACGACCCAGGACCGUAACCUCUAAAAGCGCUUCCAAAGAGACCUACGAAACGGAGAAUUUUCGUUCGAUUCCCUACAUCGAUGCUGCGUACAAAUGCGGAUUAAAGCUCUCGGCGGGGAAGAUUACCAUCGAGCGAUCUUUUUCCUUGCAGCGGAAGAAAGGUUAUCGACGGUCCCCUCGAGAAGAGCACCCGAUAAUUCUCUCCGUUCGGCACGGGCCUGAAUUUCGCCGUCUGCUGCGAUAGUGAAACAAAAUGGCGACGAGUAAUGCAAUGCCGGUAGAAGUCAACGAGGGCGAUACUUCCGCGGCGGCGAACACGACAUCUAAAAUGGAGACCAUGGAAGUAACGGAACCUGCGGUGACUCCGAAGAAGGAGCCUACCACAAAUCACAAAGAAUCGGUCUCGGUCGACGAUAUGACUUCACGAGACUACUACUUCGAUUCUUAUGCUCAUUAUGGCAUCCACGAAGAGAUGUUAAAGGAUGAAGUACGGACCGUUACUUAUCGCAAUUCUAUGUAUCACAACAAACACCUUUUCAAAGGUAAAACCGUUCUCGACAUCGGGUGCGGCACCGGAAUACUUUCCAUGUUUGCGGCAAAGGCUGGUGCGACAAGAGUUAUCGGAAUAGAGUGUUCCAACAUUGUUGAGUAUGCAGAGAAGAUCGUCGAAGCGAAUCAACUUUCUAACGUCAUAACGAUUCUCAAGGGAAAAGUGGAGGAAGUAUCACUGCCGGAUGGCAUUGAAAAAGUGGAUAUCAUCAUAUCGGAAUGGAUGGGUUACUGUUUGUUUUACGAAUCGAUGUUGGAUACUGUUCUUUUUGCUAGAGACAAAUGGUUACGCGAGGAUGGAAUGCUCUUCCCCGAUAAAGCAACGUUGUUUAUAUGCGGUAUAGAAGAUCGCCAAUAUAAGGAUGAAAAGAUAAACUGGUGGGAUGAUGUUUACGGUUUUGACAUGAGCAGUAUACGAAAAGUAGCGAUCAGUGAGCCAUUGGUAGACGUCGUGGAUCCGAAACAAGUUGUGACAAAUGCAUGUCUCAUCAAAGAAGUAGAUCUGUAUACGGUCACAAAAGCUGAUUUAGAUUUCUCGUCUCCGUUUAGCCUACAAGUCCGCAGAAAUGAUUACGUUCAAGCAUUGGUUACGUUCUUCAACAUUGAAUUCACAAAGUGCCAUAAACGUAUGGGCUUUAGUACAGCACCUGAAGUGCAAUAUACUCAUUGGAAGCAAACUGUCUUUUAUUUUGACGAGUACAUGACUGUGAAAAAGGGAGAGGAAAUCUAUGGAAUAUUCUCCAUGAAACCCAAUGCCAGGAAUUACCGUGAUUUGGACUUUAGUAUUGAAUUGGAUUUUAAGGGGGAACUCUGCCAAGUUCACGAAACCAACACUUAUCGCAUGCGCUGAUGUGAUUAAUCCCUUCAACUUCCGCGUAUUCUCCCAUGCAUUAAGGCCAUGUAGUCCACCACGUGACAGAAAGAAAUAAUAGAAGAUAUCAGAAAUUCAUACGUGGCUGGGUAGCUUGAGAGCAUAGAAAGUGAAAUGAGAUGACAUACUGUGUAUGUAUCGCACAUACUAUUCCUAUUUGCGAUCGUUAGCUUCAUCUAAUUAAAAAAGGAACGUAAUUCGUGAAAACUUUUGUUGCAUAUUCCUAUUUUAUCAUUAUGGGUCCUGUCAUGAGCGUUUUUGACCCAUUAGUCAUUGAUAUAAAUCUGUGUUGCGAGUUCACCAGAAUGUUUUUACUUUCUAGAAUCUCAAUUGUUCUCAUACGUCUUUAUAUUACAUAACUUCCUAUUUUCUCGAUUAGUAAUGGUCAAUAGCUACAUUAUAAAAUGCUAUCUACUAGGGAUCAAAGUUUGAGAUAGUAUCUUGUGUUCUCGCAGCAUGUACAUUACGGUGGAUUAUAAAAAUAAUCCGAACUUCCAAAUUUGAACGUUUCCUUGCGAAAAUCUGCACGUUUUAUACAUUGCAGUUCAAAGUUCAGUAUUGUACUCAACUACUAAUUACUACUUAAGUACAUUCUUCAUUGUGAGAGCUGGUCCCACCAAAACAACAAAAAACAAGUGAUUAUCGCUCAUGUGUCUGCCUCUCAUUUAAGUGUGAUUUGAUAAUCGAUAGUUUCUUCGUGGUUCUCGCAUAUUAACUAUAUUAAUCACCCAUCGUGAAACUCGAAAUUAAAUACAAGUUCUCUGCCACGGAAGGUACACACCGACAUGCCCUUGACAAAUAUUUGUGCAUUCUGAAACUAGUUUUAUACUGCGUCUUCAUCCUACGAUACAUAAGCGUAUUCAAUUUUAGUGACGCUGAGUAGUGUUAGACAUCAUUCCUGUACAUUUAGAUCGGUUGAUUUAAAUUUCCCUAUGUUUAUAAAUACAUCUUGAUGCGUAAGAUGCACACGCAGUAACUGUAUAGUUAUAUUCAAAUCGGUAACUUUUCAUACGAGCUAGUUGAAACUGAAUGUAAGGUUUUGAAUGAGUAUCGGUGACUGCAACCAAUUAGACAUUUUUUUUUUAUAUCAUCGAUCGAAGUAUAUGAAUCAAAGGCAAACGGUCAUACUGAUGCACUUACAGUAGAUAAUAAGUUCCAAUUUCUGUCUGAAUCUGCAAGUAUGUGAAAAUUGAUUGUCCAAGAUGAACACGUUAGUUUUUACUGCCAGAAUCGUCCAUGCGUAUCAUUUUUAAUCGAGUACUACUUUUCAUUUUGACGAUUAAACUGGACAGGUUUUAUGCGCGGUACUUUAUAAUUAGGACUCAGCUGUAUAUAUUAUAUACAUAUAUAUGUAUAUCUUCAGUAUCCCUAGGAAAAAAAAAAGAAACGCGAUUAAUAAUAAUAAUUUUCACUGUACCGAAACUUAACGCUCGUCUGUAGAGCAGUAGAGCAAGGGCACUUUAUCGUAUAACUGUAUGUCAAUAAAAUUAAUACGUUUGCUACAACCUUGUA